UGUCACAGAUGAGGGAGGGUGGAAUCUUUUCUGUAUAAAUUCUGAGCCCCUCUGGAGCCAUUAGGACUUUACGGACACAUUUAAGCAGCAUUCAAGCCGCAGACGAAUACCUGUGAUGGCUAAUCACAACAGUUUCAUUGUCGACGUGGACCUCAGAAGCCAUGAAAAUAAUCUGGCUCACCGCACCAGGGAGAUUGAUCGGGAGCGCUUGAUUGUCCGCAGAGGUCAGCCCUUCUUCAUAACUGUGCAGUGCUCGGACCCCCUUCCCCCCAACCAUCAGCUGGAGCUGGUCCUGCACCUCGGUAAACAAGAAGAUGUGGUGUUUAAAGUUCAGAGGCAAGGGGGCGGAAGAGACAGGUGGCGUUUUGACGAGCAGGAGGUUCAGGGUGAAAUAUUAUUGACCUUGCACAGUCCAGCUGACGCCAUCAUUGGGCAUUACCGUCUCACUGUGCUGCUGAUGUCACCGGAUGGACACAUUGUGGAGAAACUGGAUAAAAUCAGCUUCCACCUGCUGUUUAACCCCUGGUGUAAAGAUGAUGCUGUUUACAUGUCUGAUGAAAGGCUGCUGAAGGAGUACAUCAUGAAUGAAGAUGGGGUGAUAUACAUGGGGACCUCGGACUACAUCAGAGGCAUUCCAUGGAAUUACGGACAGUUUGAGGACUUUGUGAUGGACAUUUGUUUUGAAGUCCUGGAUAACUCCAAAGAUGCUCUGAAGAACUCAAAGAAAGACAUUGAGAACAGAUGUGACCCGGUCUACGUCAGCAGGAUUAUCACUGCAAUGGUGAAUGCGAAUGGUGAUAGAGGUGUGCUGAUAGGGAAGUGGAGCUCACCUUACCUUGAUGGAGUCGCACCAAGUCGAUGGACAGGCAGCGUGCCCAUCCUCAGACAGUGGAGCAAAGCUGGAAGCAGAGCUGUCAAAUAUGGCCAGUGCUGGGUAUUUGCAGGUGUUGCGUGCACAGUUCUUCGCUGUCUGGGAAUCCCGACACGCCUCAUAACCAACUUCUCCUCAGCCCAUGAUGUGGAUGGGAACCUAUCCAUAGACUUUGUGGAGGAUUUUGAGAGCAGAGAGGAAAGGAAAGACAGCACAUGGAACUUCCACUGUUGGGUCGAGUCCUGGAUGAGGAGAAAUGACCUUCCAAAAGGAAAUGAUGGCUGGCAAGUUUUGGAUCCAACACCCCAAGAACUUAGUGAUGGGGAGUUUUGCUGUGGUCCCUGCCCCGUGUCAGCUAUCAAGGAAGGAAAUCUGGAAAUGAAAUAUGAUGCCCCCUUUGUAUUUGCUGAGGUGAACGCUGACAUCAUCUACUGGAGGGUCCUACCAGGAGGCCGGAAGCAGAAGAUAAGUGUGGACCAGAGAACUGUGGGAAGGAACAUCAGUACUAAAAGUGUCUAUGGUGACAUCAGAGAAGAUGUUACCCUGUACUACAAAUACCCUGAAGGCUCUAAGGAGGAGAGGGAGGUAUAUAAGAAGGCAGGGCGCAGGCUCACCCCAUCAAAUGAUGAGUGCAAACCAUCAGCACAGCUAAACAUGUUGAUUAAACAUCCUAACCCUGUGUUUGGAACAGACUUUGAUGUGAUUGUUGAGGUGAAGAACAAAGGAUGUGAAGAUGCUAAUGUUCAACUGGCAGUUCGUGCCAUUGCUGUCACUUAUAACUCUCUCCACCAGGGAGAGUGCAAGAGGCAGACGAACAGUGUGACAGUGUUAGCUCAGAACGCUCAUAAAGAAGUGCUGCGCUUCCGCUAUGAGGACUACGCCAAGUAUGUUGCUGAGCAUAAUCUGAUCAGGGUGAAAGCCCUUGUUGAUGCUGAGGGUGACAGUUUACCUAUCAUGGCUGUGGCCGAUAUCCCAUUGAGCAUGCCUGAGCUCCACAUUCAGGUUCUUGGAAAGGCUUUUGUUUUGGAGCAGUUGACAGCUUAUAUCUCCUUCACCAAUCCUCUCCCAGUCCCCCUUACUGGGGGUGUGUUUACUCUGGAGGGGGCCGGCCUGCUGUCUGACACUCAAAUCUAUGUUGACGGUGUUAUUUCACCAGGCCAGAAGGUGUCAGUGAAGAUCACCUUCACACCGAUGAGGACCGGGAUCAGGAAGCUUCUGGUGGACUUUGACUCUGACAGGCUGAAAGACGUCAAGGGAGUCACCUCCAUGGUUGUUCGCAAGAGAUACAGGAAUAUGACCCCUUUGUUAUAUGGACGUUUUUAGGAGACCAGUGAAAAUUAGAGCAUUGUGUAUUGGGAGAACCAAUGGGAGUCUGACUGCCAUGUCCCACUGCCGCAGAGCUGGACCCAGUGACACAACCUAUAUAGACUUUACUAUAAAUGAUGUUAACCCAUACUUCAUUUCUGCUCUUGCUUCAUGCUGUAGUUGUUGUUGCAGAUCCAAAUUUCUGGGGUACAGGACAAAAACAAAUGCAAAAGAAAAUAAAUUCACACUUCUCACUGAAAAAUCUGUAUAUCUGAUGUGAGUUUAAAACAGUAAUCUAUGAUUUAGAGGCAAAAUAUUUCUUUGCGCUUCUUCGGGUUUUAUCCCCUUAUUUCCUACUGCACUUAAAACAGCAAAAUAGCUGUCUGUGAACGUAUUCCUUUGGAUGCAUAACAUGUAGACAUAUUGUUACUGGCUUGUAUUACUAUAAAGAG